CACAGUUCUGCGAGUUCCGUAUGUGUUGCGGAAAAUACCCUUUUUGGGCGUCCGACCACAUGUGUGAAUUGUGAACAAAAUAUGGUUCAAUAGUGAUUUCCAGCACAAAGAAGCUUUAUUUGCAGUGUUUAGUAUACGGGAUCGAUAGGUACUGUGCGCCCGGAGCGUUGUGUGUCAUUGAAAAGUCUAAAAGAGCCGUCGGUAGUCUACCUUUUUGAUGUAAAUACGGCCCGAAUAGGUUCUGUCUGGUGCGUGUUACAAAGUCAGCGAAAAACUCUCGAUUUGUAGAACUCCAGUCUUUGUUAUUAGUUGUGUGCACCGCGGCUUUUCAAGUCGACCUUCACGCGAUUGAUUCGGGUCGCGUUUUACGGGAAAGUUCGCCUCGCUCCGUGGGUACAGCCCGCAGCAUGCCGUCGUGCUAAGUGGCAUGGAUGCGCGCUCGUGAUCGUCGGCCGGCGCGGAGCGCGCGCCCGAGCUUAUAUAACGAGGAUAGCGGCGGCAUGGCCGCGAGAGUGUCGGUCGAGGGCGCAGGGCCCUCGUACGCCUCGGUGCUGAACUUCAAAGGGGGGGAUAGUAAUAAGGAGAACAUAGAGACUUCCGAGGAGACGGUGGACGUGGUGCCGCGGCAGGAUGAGGAGGAAGAGGAGGGUUUCGUGCCUGUGAUGUCGCACGGGCGACGUCCAGGCAAGGGCCGGAAGGAGCGAGAGCGCAGAGGGCCGCCCCGGGCUCACAAGAACCCUCAGCCGCACACCGAGCCACAGCCUUCGCAGGAACAACAGCAGCAGUCUGCAGAGGAUCAGCCGAAGAAGUUUGUAGAGGCUCCUAUACCGAAGGUCAAUCCUUGGCAGGUUCGCGGAGGCAGCACAGGCGUGCCGCCGCCGGCGCCGCCUUCUCUUCUAGAAGAGAAGAGGACACCGUUACAGCCGCAGCAGCAGGGCAGGGUGCAGCCACCACCACCAGAACCAGUCGUGGCGCCGCCAGCCCCAAAGCCGACUGUCGUGAAGGCAACGAAAACUGUCAAGAUUAACCAAAAGGCUUCAGACUUCACGGAUAUCGGUGACUGGCCCACACUAGGCGCUGCUACCGGCGCCGCUCGCUGUCACUCCACGCCGCCCCCACAUGAUGCGGACUCUUCGCAUCAUAAUGGAAAUGCGGACCAGGAGAGGAAGCCUCCAGAGGAGCAGACAAAGACGGAGAAGGUGGAGAUUCAACACAACCACCAGCCCCAUAACGACAAACACCACGACAAAAUGGACAAGAACAAAACUGGCACAGGUGCAGGGAAAGGAAGCAGUAAAUCAGGCAAACACAAAUGGGUCCCUCUGGAUAUAGAUGUGAAAGCACCCAGACCUGGCAAGCAUGGUCCACUUCACUCGCACAGGAAUGAUAAUGAUACGGUAUCACUGAACGGUGAGGACCGAGGUCGUAUGGGUAACCGCGGUCGGGGCUCCACGAGGGGGCGCGGCGGGCGCAGGGCUACGCCCCGCCCCGCCUCCGCGCUGCCCCUCCCUCCGCACGCGCUCUACCACCACGAGUUCUCACACCCGGAUCUGCCGCAGCUGCGAGCUCAAGCUGGCGUGGCGCAGGGCCUGAUGCUGCACUACGGGGCGGUGCACGUCGCCCCCCUCGCCCAGGCCUUCUACUACAACGCCCCGCCCUACGGACUAGGCCUGGACCAUGCUACCCUCAAGGACCUUAUUAAGAAGCAAAUCGAGUACUACUUCAGUCCGGAUAAUUUGGCGCGUGAUUUCUUCCUGCGGCGCAAGAUGGCGGCGGACGGCACGAUACCAGUGACACUGAUCGCGUCAUUCCACCGCGUGCGCGCGCUCACAGCGGACGUGCAGCUGGUGCUGGACGCGAUCCGCGAUUCGGAUAAACUGCAGCUUAUUAACGGAUUUAAGGUCCGAACAGCAUUUGAACCGACGAAAUGGCCGAUUCUAGAUAUAACAAACUCUGACGAUACUGAAAGAAACGAUAAAAAUGAGAAACCAGAUGCAAACGAUACCGAUAAGGAUAAGGUGAACGACGUUGACAAGGAACAAAAUGAAAACAAAGAGGUUAAAGAAGUAAUAGAAGAAAGGGAGAAGAUAGAAGAAGCUCCCAGUAUAGAAGAGAAGGUGGAGAAAGUGGAGAAAGAGCCCGAAGUUGCUAAGCCGACUGUUGUCGAUACUGAAACGGAGUCGACUGUAACCAACGAAGAGAAACCUAAGGAUCAAGAUGAUGCUAAGAUAGAAGAAAAGGAACAAACGAUAGAGAAGACAGAAGAUACUGAACAGAAGGAGGUAGAAGAGAAAGAGAAGCAGAAUUCAGAAGAUCCUCCACUGCAGUCAGAGAAUGAGGAAAAGCCGGGAGAGAAAAAACGUAAGAAGCAAAUGGUGGGUAUAUUCCCAUUGGCUACAAUGGGGGGUCCGCUGGUGGCCCCCGUCUCUGGGUUACUUCGUGCUGUGCCCCCGCCGCCGCUGCCUAGGAUGUUUCGCACCGGGCGCGCCGCUCCCAGAGACCCUCUGAAUCCAGAUGUACCAGAGUUUGUGCCGCAAGCGAGACGAGCAGAAGAUGCAGAGAACAAACAAGAACAAGGAGACAAGCGUUCGGGCAACGGCAGCCCGGGACAGAGGACACACUCUGAUGUGUGGACCGAGGUGAAGCGCCGCACAAAGGCAGGCUCCCGUGAACGAUCAGGGACAAAUGCUCUCCCUGCUGAGGAGGAACCUCGUGAGGAGUUACACUUCCAGCUGGAUGAGGAACUGGAUCUGCCUCCUCCGAGACAUAAUACUUUUACUGAUGCUUGGUCUGAUGAGGAAUCAGAUUUAGAGUUCACGGACCGCGAUGUCGGUCGGCUGCUGAUAGUGACGCAGGCGGGCGCGCGCGCUCCCAAACAUGACGGACACGACCGCCAGGGGGACUGGACGUCGCGCACUAAGAUCACACAGGAUCUCGAACAGGUGAUCACAGACGGCUUGACUCGCUAUGAAGAAGAUCUCUGGAAUGAUUCCGAAUAUACUUCUUCGUGUGGCAGCGGCAGCCAGUACCGCACGGUGUCGCUCAUCAGCCGCUCGCAGUUCGAGGAGACGGUGCCCAGCAAGCGACACACCAACCCUAAGGAGCCCCCGCCGCCGCCGCCGCAGCCGCUGCAGCCCCCGCAGCACCCCCAGAUGGACCAAGAGCAGCCGGAUAAGAAGCGUCCUCGUCGUACCGCGAGGUUCUACGCCGCCAGUAAGGACCCGCACGCGACUGACGUCAUAAGCGGCCGCAAACACAAGACCCGACACAGCCUGAACCCUCCCGUGGAGCAUCAUGUCGGCUGGAUCAUGGAUGUGCGCGAGCACCGCGUACGCACACACAGCACCGGGUCGUCGUUGGGUACUUCCCCUACAUUGGGUUCGUCAUGUGGUUCAGUACCACAAGCGCUGCCGGCCUUCCAUCACCCCAGCCACGGUCUGCUGCGAGAGAACCACUUCACACAGCAGGCUUACCAUAAGUACCACUCCAGGUGCUUGAAAGAACGCAAGAAGUUGGGCAUCGGCCAGUCGCAGGAGAUGAACACUUUGUUCAGAUUCUGGUCCUUCUUCUUACGAGAUCAUUUCAACAGGACUAUGUACAAUGAAUUCAGGACGUUAGCGAACGAGGACGCGGCGGCAGGUUUCCGCUACGGGCUGGAGUGCCUCUUCCGCUUCUACUCGUACGGGCUGGAGCGCAAGUUCCGCCCCGAGCUCUACCAGCACUUCCAGCACGAGACUAUCGCUGAUUAUGAAAAUGGUCAGCUGUACGGUCUGGAGAAGUUCUGGGCGUUCCUGAAGUACUACAAGCACGCGGGCGCGCUCUGCGUCGACCCCAAACUGGACGGAUUCCUCGCUAAAUUCAAAUCUAUUGAAGAUUUCCGUGUUUUGGAGCCGCAGUUGAACGAGUUACUGGCGACCCGAGGUCCGCACGCGCCGGGCCGCGGCCCGCACGCGCGCCCCUACGACCGCACGCGCUCCGUCUCCGAGAGCGACCGCGUACACGCUAACGCUACUCCUAUAGCCACUUUCAGCCGCGGCGCCAGCGCGUCGGGCGCCGGCAGCCGCGGGCGCGCGGGCUCGUGCGGCGCGCAGAGUGUUGUCGCUAAUGCUAGGCCGAGGCCAGUGAACACGAAAUCCGACAACGCCCCAACUCAGAUGAAGUCGCUCGGGAAAACGCAUUGAUAAAUAAAUAUAUUGCAUUUUAUAUAUAAAUAUAGAUAUGAACUGAUAUUCUUAUAGUGCCCGGACGGUUUUGUUUGUUUUUAAUAUAAUAUAUAGUGUAGUCUGUAUGGUAGUCUGUAUGACUCGGUUACAAGAUAUCUGAUGGGGCACGGAUUGUACUACAGGAAAAACCUGGGUUAACUUCUAAGACAAUAAUAUAAGGCGAUAUUAAACGCCAUUUGACGUCAGUUUGUUCAGGCAAGUUUAAAACGCACUAGUAAUGAAUUUUUGUUUUCCCCUUUUUUUCUCUAAUUAUAAAUCUAGUAUUUAAUUCUUGAUGUAUUUGGUUUUCUUUUUGUGUAAGUUUCGUGCGAUUUGUGAGUUUCGAGGCCGUAAAGGAAUUGAAGUUAAAGGGAAAAGCUGUCUCAGCACAUAGAUGGCGCUGUAUCAAAAUCUUAAAGAUAUUCCAUCUCGCUCGCACGUGCUGGAUAGUUAUAUGCGUCCCGCUCGCACCGUCGGUCUCUAGUUCCGACAUAACUAUGUAUAGAUGUUGAUAUAUUUUGAAUUAGACGAAACGAUAUUAUUCGAGACAUUUUGAUGUGAAAUGAAGACUGUACCGAGUGUUUGGUAGAUUUUAAAUGGUUUUCCGCUGUUUAUAAGCUCUUAUGUAACGCUUUUAAGCAAAUAGUCAGAUGAAAUUAUCUGACCCGGUGAUAAUACAAAAAAUUAUUAGCACCCGACAUUGUUUUAAAUUGUCUUGUGUCGUAUUUUGUGACAACCGCAAUAGGACAAUCGGGUCAAAUAAAUUUUUCGUACUAUAAUAAGCUUACAAACGCACGGACAAGCAAUAUUUAAUAAGACUAUUCCUUGUAUGGCUUUUCACAUUGACUGCCAAAUAACUGUAGUAUACAUUGACACUUGUAUUAUUGUAUCAGAGAUUGAAAGUGUAUACAAGUGUCAACACAGCUCUAUAGUGACUUGCACACAAUGCUUAAAGAUCGUAGACUGGGAAAAAAACAUAUUACUGUCUUUUUCAUUCAAUAUGAUGAAAAGAGACAACAUUAUGUUUCAAAACAAGUGAUAGUAAAAGAUACACACAUUAAAGGCAUGUUUUUUUAAUAUUAUAUAGAACGAAGUUAAACGUGUCAAGAAAUUGUGAUGUUUUUUCUUCGUUUAGCUAAUUUUUCAAAAUAUCCACUCAUUAAUUUAACAGCACAAAUGCAAGAUGUAGGUGAUUUGAACGGAUUUUUUUAUAAAUGUCUACAUGUGGUGUUGCCAGUCCACGAUCUUUACGAAAUAUUAAGAUGUUUGAAGAUUUUAAUUAAGGUUUUAUGGUUGUAGCGUUUAGCGUAUUGUAUAAAACAGUAAAGGUGAUUUCUAAACUGUAGAAUACACUUUACAAUUGACACUUGUAUUACAUAUUUCAGUUUUAUGUCAGAGAAUUAAAAUGUAUACAAUAUGUAUACAAGUGUCACUUUUCUGCAAUUCUAACGUUAAAAUGUAUGAAUGAAAUGUUUAAUUACUAGAACUGAGGAAAAUAGUUGAUUUUGGUAAUAUUUGGUAAUACUCCUACCCUUUUAAAUGUUUUUCAUUCACAAUUUAUGUUAUAAAUGUACUUUUUGUGACUCCUUCAACAAUAUUAUAGCAAUUGUUUUUCUUGUUUUUUUUUAAUAAUUUAUCAACAAAUACCUGCUACGGAGUUUUGAUUGUAAAAAAACUUAUCAUGGUAACUUUUUAAUGCAUUUUUUUAAUAAAUGUAAUACGCUAAACGCAAAUCCAUUCGUUUUGACAUCACUAACUUGCUCAAUGGUAUAAUUUUAUGCAGAUUAAAAACGUACUGACAUGAGCAAAAUCGAUAUUCGAUACCAAUCGAGAAACAUCGAUAUCGAUUAAACGUAAUUAUAUAAUAAAAACUGUAUAUUGCACUAAAUAAUAAUAAUUAUAACUACGGAAAAAAAAACGAAAAAUUUAAGUGUGUGUUGAAAUGGUUCUUUUAUUUUCUUAGUAUGUAAGGAUGCUUUUUUAAUUAUAUAACGUGUUGCGACGCGUUUUUUCUACUAAAACUCCUAUAAUAGUUACUGAAUUCGCACAUUUUUAAUGGCAACACUGGGAAUGACGCGUCGCACGCGUUGCCUUAUUUCAUAACUUCUAGGUUAUAAAAACAUCUCUUGAUACAGCUAACGUCGCUUCUUUCACUUUGCGUGUAAAAAAUAGUUCCUAUUAUUAUUUUAAUAAAACAUUUAAUGGGUUUCGUGUAAUUGACACAGGAAUUGAUCAAUUUUAACAAAAUGAGAAAUUAACGCCGUGUAUUGAAGUCUACAAAUCGAUGUCGCGUUAAUCUUUGAAAUUUAAAUAAAACGAUAUAAGAACACAAUUAUUCAUAAAUAAUGAUUAAAUAAGAGGUUAUUUAGAAAAAAAAAACAUAAAUAAACUACUUAAAAUGUCCUUUUAUUUAGUCCCCUAGUUAUUUACCUAACAUUCCUAUCGAAAGAACCUCUUAGAAGUUGCAGAGAAUAUUAAUUGAUGAAAAUGUCAAAGAUUAGAUGUCUACAUCAUUUUAUGUAAAAUAGAUGAAAUAAUGUCUAGUAUACAUAAAAGCUAAAUACUUAUGGGAUGGGAAUAAGUAUGGGAAAGGACAAUAUUCUUUUUUCUCUACACUCAAGGUAGGUUCAUUCGCAUCCUUAUUGCAAUUGUCUAUGAUUUCUCUCUCAUAAAAAAAGCUUUUAAAAAAAUUAUUUUAUUGAUGAUUUCUGUGUCAAUAUAAAAAUCAGAUUUAGUAAUAUUUUGGACCGUCCCGUAUUGACAUAUUUAAUUUUAUACAGUUGAAAAAUGUUGAGUGUCUCUGAUCGUGUGACAAGGAAGCGAACGAGAGCUUGUUCUAGUACUGCUGCGUUGUUAUAUAAAAAAAAACUAAUACUCUACCAGUCUUUAUGUUACCGCGCACUAGGUUUUUGUCCUUAAAUAUGUAAAAAAAAAACUAAAAAUUAGAUUAACCUCUUCGAAAUUGUAUAUUCAGCCUUUAGUUGUAAAUAAAGUAAGUCGUUAGUCGAAAGUCAUUUCUAGAUCUCGGAAUAUAGAAAAAUUUCAUUUCUUUUACCAAUUCAGUCCAUUUUUCUCUUGUUAUUUGAUUUACAAAGUAAAUUAAGUAAGUUAAUAUGCUAAAUUCGUUUUCAUUUUAAUAUAAAUAAGGUUAUGAUUAAUUGUAACUUUGACAAGAUAUGUUUAGGCGGGAAAAAAAAUUAGAAAAGGCAAAUGCUUAUAACAUCGGACAUUUGUAAUGUCAUUUAGAUUUUUAUGGUAAUAAAAUAUGAAAUAUUUGUAUAUAACAUAGAUUUGAAUUGUAUAUGCUAAAUUAGCGUAGAAUUCAUUGUUAAUAAGUAAUAAAAAUUUUUGAUUGUUUGUUUUAGACAAAUAAAAAAAAAGGCAAAGGCUUGCAGCUAAUUUUGACAUUUAAAAAUGUUUCCUUUUCAUGUAAUACGCAGCAGUGCAAGAUAUGAAGAGGUAUUGUUAAGUUUUUUUAAGUUACGUCAUUUGUUGCAAUUUUUUUUUUUUCGAAAGUACGCCAAAGGAGUGACGAUAUUGUGCUAAAAGGAACGUAAUAUGUAGACUUACUGUAUAAAUUGAAAAAUGUAACAAAAAAAAUUACCUUGCUAUUAUUUUAUAAGUGGUGUAAAAAAUAUGGAAUGUGUAUUUUCCAAUUUACUUACAGUGUAUACUAGAUGAAUUGAAUAAGAGAUAUCUCUGUAAAAUCCCUUUAUAUUUGCUUAGUAUAUUCUGUAAGUUUUUGAUCAUUUUGAUUUUGGACUAUAAAAAUGAUUAUAAAAAAUUUGGUUGUUGUAAUAUAGUUCGAAGUAGUAUAAUGUAGGGAAUAAUAUAGGUGUACUUUUUGGAAUAAAAAUUAAGAAAAUAUGUUUUGUAAGCUUGCUGGGCGUCGGUCGGUUGCGUUGGUAAGUGUGAAAUAACGAGAGCUCGUGUCUCCCGAACCGAACUUCAGGUUUCGCUGUCGAUUCGACGCCAUUUAAGGCUGUAAGUUAUAUAUUAUAUACAUAUUAUAUUGAUUAAUAAAUUAAUAA